AUGAGUGUGGAGGCGUACGGGCCAAGCUCCCAGACCCUCACCUUUUUGGACACCGAGGAAGCGGAGUUGCUAGGAGCGGACACCCAGGGCUCCGAGUACGACUUCACCGACUUCACCCUCCCAAGCCAGACACAGACCCAGGGGCAGACCCAGAGCCAACUAGACAGCCAGGUGAACGGUCCCGAUGAAGGUCUCCACAACGGCGGAGUGGAAGAUUCUGUGGCCAAAGCCAGUCAGCUGUUGGCAGAACUCAAUUUUGAGGAGGACGAAGAAGAUGCCUAUUACACUAAGGACCUUCCAGUACACGCUUGCAGCUAUUGUGGUAUUCAUGAUCCAGCUUGUGUGGUGUAUUGCAACACUAGCAAGAAGUGGUUCUGCAAUGGACGUGGAAAUACAUCUGGCAGCCACAUUGUAAACCAUCUGGUGCGAGCCAAAUGCAAAGAGGUGACCCUUCACAAAGAUGGCCCAUUGGGAGAGACUGUACUGGAAUGUUACAAUUGUGGAUGUCGCAACGUUUUCCUCUUGGGUUUCAUCCCCGCCAAGGCUGAUUCUGUUGUGGUGCUGCUCUGUAGACAGCCUUGUGCCAGCCAGAGUAGCCUGAAAGACAUCAACUGGGAUAGCUCCCAGUGGCAGCCGCUGAUUCAGGACCGCUGUUUUCUUUCAUGGCUGGUUAAGAUUCCAUCGGAGCAGGAGCAGCUGCGUGCCCGACAGAUCACUGCACAGCAAAUCAACAAGCUGGAAGAACUCUGGAAGGACAACCCCACUGCCACCUUGGAGGACUUGGAGAAGCCAGGUGUAGAUGAGGAGCCCCAACAUGUGUUGCUGCGCUACGAGGAUGCCUACCAGUACCAAAACAUUUUUGGUCCUUUGGUUAAACUUGAGGCUGAUUAUGACAAGAAGCUCAAAGAGUCUCAGACUCAAGAUAAUAUAACAGUAAGGUGGGACUUGGGACUGAAUAAGAAGCGGAUUGCAUAUUUCACUCUGCCGAAGACAGAUUCAGAUAUGCGCUUAAUGCAAGGUGAUGAGAUCUGCCUGCGGUACAAAGGAGACCUCGCACCUCUAUGGAAAGGGAUCGGCCAUGUCAUCAAGGUUCCAGACAACUAUGGUGAUGAAAUUGCUAUUGAACUGCGGAGCAGUGUUGGAGCCCCUGUGGAAAUUCCCCAUAACUUCCAGGUGGAUUUUGUUUGGAAGGCUACUUCCUUUGACAGAAUGCAGAGUGCUCUGAAGACCUUUGCUGUGGAUGAAACAUCUGUAUCAGGCUACAUUUACCACAAGCUUCUUGGUCACGAAGUGGAAGAUGUUACCAUGAAGUGUCAGCUGCCCAAGCGUUUCACUGCUCAGGGGCUACCUGAUCUCAAUCACUCACAGGUGUAUGCUGUGAAGACAGUGCUGCAGAGGCCUCUGAGUCUGAUCCAGGGUCCUCCUGGUACUGGCAAGACUGUCACCUCUGCCACUAUUGUCUAUCACCUGUCACGUCAGGGCAACGGACCAGUUCUGGUGUGCGCUCCCAGCAACAUUGCAGUGGACCAGUUGACCGAGAAGAUUGACAAGACUGGGCUUAAGGUGGUCAGGCUUUGUGCCAAGAGCCGUGAAGCUAUUGAGUCACCAGUGUCUUUCCUGGCAUUGCAUAACCAGAUCAGCAAUAUGGACAGCAUGCCAGAACUUCAGAAACUGCAGCAACUGAAGGAUGAAACCGGUGAGCUGUCUUCUGCCGAUGAGAAGCGCUAUAGAGCAUUAAAACGGACUGCUGAGAGGGAGCUGCUAAUGAACGCAGAUGUGAUUUGCUGCACCUGCGUUGGUGCAGGGGACCCUCGCCUGGCCAAGAUGCAGUUUCGCUCCAUUCUGAUUGAUGAAAGCACCCAAGCCACUGAGCCUGAGUGUAUGGUGCCUGUUGUGCUCGGAGCAAAGCAGCUCAUUCUAGUUGGGGACCACUGUCAGCUGGGUCCUGUGGUGAUGUGCAAGAAGGCCGCCAAGGCAGGGUUAUCCCAAUCCCUUUUCGAGCGCUUGGUGGUUCUGGGAAUACGGCCAAUUCGCCUUCAGGUCCAGUACCGAAUGCAUCCAGCUCUCAGCGCCUUCCCGUCUAACAUCUUCUAUGAGGGCUCCUUGCAGAAUGGCGUCACAGCAGCUGACCGCAUCAAGAAGGGCUUUGACUUCCAGUGGCCACAGCCAGACAAACCAAUGUUCUUUUAUGUGACUCAAGGCCAGGAGGAAAUUGCUAGCUCUGGAACCUCCUACUUGAACAGGACCGAAGCUGCAAAUGUAGAGAAAAUCACCACUAGGCUGUUGAAGGCUGGUGCCAAACCUGACCAGAUUGGGAUCAUCACUCCAUAUGAAGGGCAGCGUUCUUACCUGGUCCAAUAUAUGCAAUUCAGUGGCUCUCUGCACACUAAACUGUAUCAGCAAGUGGAAAUCGCAAGUGUGGACGCCUUCCAGGGCAGAGAGAAAGACUUCAUCAUCCUGUCUUGUGUUCGUGCCAACGAGCACCAGGGCAUCGGCUUCUUGAAUGAUCCGCGUAGACUUAAUGUUGCUUUGACCAGAGCCAAGUAUGGAGUGAUCAUUGUGGGGAACCCCAAGGCUCUUUCUAAGCAGCCACUGUGGAACAACCUGCUGAACAACUACAAGGAGCAGAAGGUCCUUGUGGAGGGACCCCUCAACAACCUAAGGGAGAGUCUUAUGCAGUUCAGCAAGCCACGCAAGUUGGUUAACACCAUCAAUCCUGGCGGACGUUUCAUGAGCACUGCGAUGUAUGAUGCUCGAGAAGCUCUUAUUCCUGGCUCUGCGUAUGACCGGAGCAAUACUGGUCGCCCGUCAAACAUGUACUUCCAAACACACGAUCAGAUUGGGAUGAUUGGGACAGGUCCUGGUCAUAUGGCUGCAAUGAAUCUCCCAAUACCCUUCAACCUGGUCAUGCCCCCCAUGCCGCCACCUAGCUACUUAGGCCAAACUAAUGGCCCCGCCGCAGGCCGUGGAGCGAUGAAGGGCACUAAGCCGGGGCGCGGUGGGCGUCAAAGGCCCCGUGGCUCAGCAACCCAAGGUGCUGGUCAUGGACCAAACAGCCAAGCUAGCCAGGAUGGGGCCUCCCAGUCUUUCUCGCAGGGGCCUCUGACUCAAGGCUACAUCUCCAUGAGUCAGCCUUCCCAGAUGAGCCAGCCUGGUCUCUCCCAACCUGAACUGUCCCAGGACAGUUACUUGGGUGAUGAGUUCAAGUCCCAAAUCGACGUGGCUUUGUCCCAGGACUCGACUUAUCAGGGUGAACGUGCAUACCAGCAUGGUGGGGUGACUGGCCUGUCACAGUACUAG